AUGAAUACAAAAUCAACAGUUCAUAUAUUUGUGUGCUUUCUUCAGCUAUGUGUUGUAAAGGGGCAGGUAAUAUGUGAGAGGCAAAUGACCGCAGAAUGGCGAGUGGAACCAAAACCUAGUAUAAUAAAAUGGACACCGAGGGAAAACAUCUGCUCAGAUUUUUACACCGAAUGUUGGAAUAUGAAUAAGGGUAUUUCUGGGGAAAUCUCAGAAGAACAAAACCUCAAUAUCCCUCAGUUAUGCCCUUUACAGCUUCAAUUAGGUGAUAGUCUCUUCAUUUCCUCUGAGCCAUCCUUUCAGUCCUUUGGAAUGAAUUUAAUAAAUGUCUCCAAGGAAGAAUUUAUUAACUGCCCUAAAGCUGGUUUUCUUCAAGAACAGUUGAUUUUUGUAUGUCAGAUAAAAGGAAUGCACAAAGUUGACCCUAACUGGCUUGGUAUUGGAACUCAUUACUUUGCAGAACUUCAUAAGAAAGGCCCACUACUGUGCAACAUGGGCCUCCGUCUGAAUGUAACUGUGAAACAGCAGUUUUGUCAACAGUCUCCAAGUGCACCACUAUGUUCUGGGCAUGGAAAAUGUCUAAGCCACAUUUGGGAAAAAGCAUAUCAUUGCCAUUGUUUCUCACAGUAUUCAGGAAGAUUCUGCCAGAAGUUUGAUGUAUGCUCCACUAAACCUUGCCACAACAAUGCAUCCUGCACUGAGAAAACAGAACGUUCUGGAGAUUCUUAUGAAUGCAGGUGUCCUCCAAAAUUUUCAGGUAAAAACUGUACAGAAAUAGUUGGACAGUGCCAGCCACCUACAUGUUUCAAUGGCAACUGCAGCAAUGUUACUCCAAACACAUUUAUUUGUGAAUGUGACAAGGGCUUUACAGGUCCAUUUUGUGAGGAACCUGGUGAUCCUUGUGCAUCUCAGCCAUGCCUGAAUGGAGGCAUAUGCCAAUACAACCAGUAUGGAUAUGUUUGUGAUUGUCCUGCUGGUUUUCUUGGUCACAAUUGUGAAAUUGAUAUCAGUGAGUGUUCUUCAAGGCCAUGUCAGAACGGAGGUACAUGUAACAAUUUGCCAAAUGAUGUGGCAUGUAUCUGUCUGCCAAUAUUCACUGGCAAGUUCUGUGAGAGAAUACUGAAUCCAUGUGAAUUACUGCCUUGCUUAAAUAAUGCAACUUGUGUAGCUCAACAUCAAAACUAUAACUGCCGCUGUAUGCCAGGAUUCACUGGAAAGAACUGUGAGGAAGUAAUUGACUACUGCAGGCUGCUCAGCAUCAACUGUCUGAAUGAAGGAUUGUGUCUUAAUAUAAUUGGUGGAUUCACUUGCCUUUGUGCACCUGGAUGGACAGGAGAAUUUUGCCAAUUUGCUGAAAAUGCAUGUUUGAUUUACCCGAAUAGUUGUUCUGAUGAAGCAACUUGCAUCGAUAUGAGCGAACUGGGAGAGCAACCUUUGUUUCAGUGUCUGUGUCCUCAUAAUUUCACAGGAGAAUUCUGUGAAGUACAAAUAGAUACAUGUGGUUCCAGUCCAUGUGAAAAUGGAGGAACAUGCAUUGACUAUGGAGAUCAUUUUAAGUGCUCUUGCCCUGUAGGUUUUGAAGGUGAAAGAUGUAAACUGGAUAUUGAUGCCUGCCUGUUCUCCAAUAUAAGCUGUGACCCAGGAGCACUGUGUGUGGAUAAAUCUCAUGGAUUUAAUUACACAUGUUUAUCACCAUGUAUUGGAAAUACAGAGGUAUGUGCAAAUGGAGGUAGCUGCUUCUAUGAUGAAGAAAAUCAGAGAUCUCAUUGUGCCUGUGCUCUUGGAUGGAAAGGACAAACAUGCAUGGAGAAUAUUAAUGACUGUGAGGUCAACAAGUGCCAACAUGGAGCCACAUGUGAAGAUGGAGUUAAUAAAUACAGGUGCAUAUGUCCCCUUGGUUACACUGGCACAUUUUGUGAAAUUGAUGCUAACAACUGCAUUGGAAACCAGUGCUCUGAAUAUGAUUUCUGCCAGAAUCACUUGCAUAAUUACAGCUGUAUCUGUGUCCCUGGAUAUGAAGGACCUUUCUGUGAAGCUGAAAUUAAUGAAUGCUCAAGUUCACCUUGCAGAAAUGGAGCUACCUGCAUGGAUUUAAUUGACCACUUUUCAUGUCAGUGUGCUGCUGGGUUCAAAGGAGAAACAUGUUCUGUUCGUAUGAAUGAGUGUCUAGACAGACCCUGUUGGAACAGAGGAACCUGUGAAGAGGACAUAAAUGGCUUCAAAUGCAAUUGUCCCUUCGGAUUUGAAGGUUUGAACUGUGAAAUCAACUUUGAUGAGUGCACUUACGGUUUUUGUAAAAGCAAUUCAACUUGUUUAGACCUGGUUGCAGACUACAGCUGUGUUUGUCCUCCAGGAUACACUGGCAAAAACUGUUCCAUGGAUAUUGAUGAAUGUUCCUCCAAGCCCUGCAAAAAUGGAGGCCAUUGCCAUGAUUUGAUUGGUGAAUUUUACUGUAGCUGUUUGCCAGGUUUUACUGGUCAGUUUUGUGAAGUGGCUGUUGCUGCCUGCCUGUCACAACCAUGUGGAGCCUCCAGCAUCUGUAAAGACAUAGUGGAUGGCUACAUUUGUUUCUGUGCACCUGGUUUUAUAGGUAAUAACUGUGAAACUGAGGUGGAUGAGUGUCUUAGUGACCCUUGUCACAAUGGAGCUACUUGUGUUGAUCAACUGAAUGCCUUCAGUUGCAUCUGUCAAGAUGGAUUUCAAGGCACAACUUGUGAAGCAAAUAUAAAUGAAUGUCACUCUUCGCCAUGUCUUCAUAAUGCGUCAUGUGCGGACCUUAUUGGUGGUUAUGAAUGCAGCUGUUUGCCUGGCUUCACUGGUGCAAGAUGUGAAACAGAUAUAGAUGAGUGUGCUUCAUUUCCCUGCAAGAAUGGAGCCACCUGCAUUGACCAACCUGGUAAUUAUUUCUGCCAAUGUGUGGCUCCGUUUAAAGGUUUGAACUGUGAGUUUAGGCCUUGUGAGGCCAGCAAUCCCUGUGAGAACGGAGCUGUGUGCAUAGAAGAAAUGAAUUUGGACGUUUUUCCCCUUGGAUUCCAGUGCCAGUGUGUGAAGGGCUUUGCAGGUCCACGCUGUGAGAUCAAUGUCAAUGAGUGCAGUUCUAACCCUUGCCUCCACGGAUACUGCUAUGACAUUGUGGAUGGCUUCUAUUGUUUGUGUAACCCAGGAUAUGCAGGACUGAAAUGUGACCAGGACAUUGAUGACUGCAUAAUCAAUUAUUGUGAACACAAUUCUACAUGCGUUGAUCUACAUCUGAGAUACCAAUGUGUUUGUAUGCCUGGAUGGGAAGGAACAUUCUGUGAAAAUGAAUCAAAUGAAUGUAAUUCAGAGCCUUGUAAAAACAAUGGCACCUGCAUGGAUCUUUUCAACAGCUAUCGGUGCACGUGUACAACAGGAUGGACAGGGCCAGACUGCAGCGAAGAUAUAAAUGAAUGUGAUUCUGAACCAUGCUUGAAUGGAGCCACCUGUUAUGAAUCUGUUAAGCAGGGACAGUUUGUAUGCAUUUGUCCUCCAUUUUAUACCGGUGACUUCUGCCAUCAGCGCUUCAGUCCCUGUGAGCUGCCUUACAAUCCAUGCAUAAACAAUUCAACCUGCUUGGCACAAGCCAAUGGAAAUCCAGUGUGCAUUUGCAAAACAGGAUUUGAGGGCACUUACUGUGAAAUUAACAGUGAUGAGUGCAUCUCCCAUCCAUGCCAGAAUGAAGGUCUCUGUGUGGAUGGGAUUAACCAUUACAGGUGCUCCUGCCAACAUGGUUUUACUGGGACACUCUGUGAAGCAGAGAUAAACGAAUGCUCAUCAGGACCCUGCAAAAACAAUGGAACUUGCCUGGAUCUUGUAAACAGAUUCAUCUGCAGUUGUGCACCUGGGUACUAUGGGUCUCUGUGUGAGAUGGAUGUAAACGAAUGUGAAAAUUUGCCUUGCUUGCAUGGAGGAAGCUGCAUCAACAGGCUUGGUGGCUAUAGGUGCUUCUGUCCACCUGGAUUCACAGGUGAUAGAUGUGAAGUAAAUAUAGAUGAAUGUAUGUCUACUCCUUGCCUCAACAAUGGAAGUUGCAUUGAUGAUAUCAGUUUUUAUAAGUGUCAUUGUAGAAGAGGUUUCAUUGGAACAAACUGCGAGAUCAAUGUUAAUGAAUGUUUGCCAGAUCCUUGUCUUCAUGGAAGAUGUAUAGAUCUCAUUGAUGGAUAUCAAUGCUCUUGUGAAUCAGGAUGGACCAGCUCAAGAUGUGAGAUAAAUAUUAAUGAAUGUGAAUCUGCUCCCUGCAUUAACGGAGGUUUCUGUCAAGAUGCUGUCAAUGCAUUUGUUUGUACUUGCCUGAGUGGGUACACUGGCAGAUUUUGUGAAGUUGAUGUUGAUGUUUGCAGUGAGCCUGCACUGAACUCAGUUCUCUGUUACAAUGGAGGUGUAUGUGUUGAUGGACCUGGAAGAACAUUUCAUUGCAGGUGUCUUGCUGGAUUUUCUGGACAGUUUUGUGAAAUAGAAGUUAAUGAGUGUAAUUCAUCACCUUGUCUACAUGGCUCAACCUGUGAAGAUCAUAUCAGUGGAUACACUUGUACAUGUCAAAAAGGAUGGGAAGGCCUCCAUUGUGAGCUGGAUGUCGAUGAGUGCAUAUCCAACCCUUGCAUACAUGGAAUCUGUGUUCAGAAGGACCCCAGCUUUGGUUACUCCUGUUUUUGCAAGGCAGGAUUUGUGGGACGAAGCUGUGAGCUUAAUUACAAUGAUUGUCAUAUACAGUCCUGCUCCACUGGAUUUCUUUGUGUUGAUGGAAUAAACAAUAUCACCUGUUUACCUAUCCCCCAAAGCAAAAAAACUGUCACCGAAGUGGCUGAAGUGUUUCCUGAUCAGAUUUUAGACAAUGACCUUCCAUCAUCCCUGGCUGUGUCUAUGGAACUUUGGUCUGAACGUUCUUCUCCUGACUCUCAUACAGAAGAAGUGUCCCAAGAUUUUAAUUAUGCUCACUACUAUGGUGAUUCUUACCUGGAAUUUAAAGGCUUGCAUUUGAACAUACAAAACUUCAUCCACUUGGAAUUUAAAACGUACAAACCACAUGGACUCCUCCUGUAUGUUGAACAGAGCCCAGGAACAAUAGGACAUUUUUUAAUUCAGCUUUUCAUCAAACAUAGCACCUUACAGUACCAGUUUUUAUGUGAUGAAGCAGCAGAAGUCAAAAGCAUCACUACUACUGCUAGAGUGGAUGAUGGACACUGGUAUGAAGUGCAAAUUAGGCAACGUAUGGUACCAUGUGAAGCAGAAAUGUCGGUCCUGAGGAUAUCUGCAAAGACAAGUACACCUAGAAAUUUCUGGUCCAGUUCAUACUGGCUUGAAACGGGAUCCAUAUUUGUUGGUGGUUUGCCUCAUCAUUAUGCAAUAAAACAGAUACCUGGACCUGUCUACAAUUACACUGGCUGCAUACAAGUUGUAGAAAUUAAUGAUGUGGGACCUUUCAACUUCUCUAGUGCUGUGGGAAGAAAUAAUGUUGACAAUUGCAGGAUUCCUGUACCCACACAUCUGUCAACAGCAUUCCCUAUGGUCUCUUCUGAUGUGCCUGAGCUGCUUGAGCCUGUUGUGCCCUCUCAGAUUUUCCCCACAUUGCCAUCUGUAUGCCAGGAUGGACUGUGCCAUAAUGGAGGGACUUGUCAUCCUCUCUCUCUGCCUACUGGGGCCACCUCAUUUCAGUGCGACUGCCCACUACACUUCACUGGUCGGUUCUGCGAAAAAGACACAGCACUGUUUUUUCCAUCCUUCACUGGAAACUCUUAUUUGGAACUACCUUCUCUGACAUCUGUAUCUGAGACCAGGACUGCAUCUGGGCAGGAAACAAGUAAUCUGACGACUCUGUACUUGGCAGUGAAAACAACUGCUCUUAAUGGCACAAUUCUUUACACUAGUGAAAGGAAUUUUGGAGAACAGUUCCUUCACUUGUAUCUUGUGGAAGGAAGACCAACAGUUCGAUUCAGCUGUGGAAACUCUCAGAACAUUCUGACUGUAUCUGUCAAUCAAUCCAUUAGCAAAGGUACACUCAUCCCUAUCACAAUAAGUUAUAUGUUGCCUGUGAGCAGUCCUGAAGGCUACUGUAUGAUUGAAAUGGCUGUAGAUGGAAAUACUCCUGUACAGCACAGACUUUCUCUCUUAUAUCAAGCAACUCAGAUCACCUUUGGAUCAAUCUUCCUUGGAAAUGUUCCUGUUCAUGAACAGGUUCAUCGAUGUGCUGGACAGAUACAUGGCUAUAAAGGAUGCAUUAGGGAUUUUCAAGUUAACAACAGAGAGUUAUUCAUCAUAGAUGAGGCUCUUGGAGGGAGGAAUGUUGAGAACUGCAAUGUUCCAAUAUGUGAUUAUCAUCCAUGCCACAAUGGUGGUACCUGUAUGAGUGAUGCAGAAAAUUGGUUUUGUGAAUGCCCUAAACUCUACUCUGGAAAACUCUGCCAGUUUGCGACUUGUGAAGAAAACCCAUGUGGAAACGGUGCUACAUGUUUUCCAAAGUCCAGGCGCGAUGCCAUUUGCAUUUGUCCAUACGGAAGAUCUGGCAUCCUCUGCAGUGAUGCUAUUAAUAUUAGCCAGCCGAGUUUCAGUGGCACAGAUGCCUUUGGCUAUACCUCAUUCCUGGCUUAUUCUACAAUCCCAAAUAUCACCUUCUACUAUGAAUUCAGCUUGAAAUUUCAUUUGGCAAAUCACCACUCAGCUUUACAAGAUAACCUGAUUUUUUUCACUGGACAGAAAGGUCAAGGUCUCAAUGGAGAUGAUUUCUUGGAGUUAGGCCUCCGUAAUGGCAGAGUAGUAUAUAGUUAUAAUCUAGGUUCUGGCACAGCAACAAUCAUUAGCAAACCACUUGAUCUGACACUCAAUAUUCAUGUCAUCCAUCUUGGCAGAUAUCUUCAAAAAGGCUGGCUAAAGGUGAAUGAUCAGAAGAAUAAAACUGUCACUUCUCCUGGGAGACUGGUUGGACUCAAUGUUUUCAGCCAGUUUUAUUUAGGAGGCUAUCGUGAGUAUGCUCCAGAACUCCUGCCAAAGGGAUCCAGAUUUAAGAACGGCUUUCAAGGUUGCAUUUUUGAUGUUCAAGUUCGCACCAGCAUGAAUCAAGAGUUUAAAUCACCUGGAAAUCCAGAAGGUCACCCCAAUUCUGGUCGCAGUGUUGGACAAUGUAAAGAUUCCCCAUGCAGUUUAAUAAAAUGCAGAAAUGGUGGGAAAUGCAUAGAAAGUGGCUCUACUGUUUACUGUGACUGCCUCACUGGAUGGAAAGGUGCAUUUUGUACAGAAACAGUGUCAGUGUGUGAACCUGAGCACAUUCCUCCACAUCUGUGUAAGCAAGGUGGUACUUGUGUGCCACUGCCUAAUGGCUACACAUGUCACUGUCCUCUUGGAACAACCGGUACCUACUGUGAACAAGAUAUAUCCAUUAGUGAUCCAUCUUUCAGAAGUAAUGAAUCAUCAUGGAUGUCAUUUGCACCCUUUUAUAUACGGCAUAAGACUCAUAUCAAACUGCAGUUUCAGCCUCUAUCUCCAGAUGGUAUCCUAUUUUACACUGCACAGCAUUUGGGUACUCAGUCAGGUGACUUCUUAUGUAUAUCAUUAGUAAAUGGAUUUAUCCAGUUACGCUACAAUCUCGGAGACAAGACAGUCACCCUACAGACCUUUCAGAAAGUCUGUACAAAUGGAAGUACAUGGCAUUCACUCAAAGCAGGAAGAGCUGGCAAUGAAGGCUACCUGGACCUGGAUGGUGUGAACAUUACUCAUAAAGCUAGCCCUGGAAUGAAUGCACUAGACACGCACACAGACUUUUUUGUUGGAGGGGUGUCCUCCUUAAACCUUGUUAAUUCAAUGGCAGUAGAAAAUGAACCCACAGGUUUCACUGGUUGUAUACGAGAAGUUGUUAUCAACAACAGGGAACUGAAGCUUACUGUGAAUGAUCCCACAGGUGGAGCCAAUGUUGGUGACUGUGAUGGAACAGCUUGCGGGUACACGGUGUGCAAAAAUAAUGGAACAUGUCAAGUUGAAAACUCAGGCUUUUCUUGUUCUUGCCCACAGGAGUGGACAGGGAGCACAUGUGAACAAUCUAUUCACUGUUCACAACACAGGUGUGGGUCUCAGGCUCUGUGUAUUCCUCAACCUACUUUGUUUUCAUAUUCCUGCAUGUGCGCACUAGGCUGGUCAGGUAAAUACUGUGAUAGCAAAAUCCAUUUUUUUAUAGCAAAGUUUGUCGGCAACUCCUACAUCAAAUACAUAGAUCCGUAUUACGGAAAAAGAGACCUCCAGUAUAGCCGCAUUUCUUUAAAUUUUACUACCAAUCAAUCUGAAGGCUUAAUAGUAUGGAUGGGGAAAGGUGAAGAUGAAGAUAAUGAUUUCCUUGCCAUUGGUCUUGCCAAUGGAACACUAAAAGUUGUGAUUAAUCUUGGAGAAAGAAUCUCUGUUCCUCUAAUUCAUAGUAAUUACUCCUCCUGUUGUGACGAAAAGUGGCAUUUCGUUACUGUAGUUCAAAACCAAACUUGUAUUAAGGUUUACCUUGAUGAGGAGCUAAUUCUUUUUGAAGAUAUUGAUCCACACAGAAAAUACACUGCUUUAAACUAUGGUGGUAUUUGUUAUUUUGGUGGGUUUGAAAUUGGCAGGGAAGUCAAUACAGUCACUACAGGGCUUUUUCACAAGGAAUUCAGUGGUAAAAUUAAAGAUGUUGUGCUCUUCCAAGACUCCAAGAAGAUCCAGCUCAUGAAAGCAGAAGGGUAUAAUGUUUACAAUGGAAAUUACAGAAAUUAACUGAAAAACUGUAUAAGAAUCUUCAAAAGUGAUAAAUUUUCUUUUCCUCCUGUUUCUUGUAGUAGCAGGCAGUGUAAGACUC